AGACGGCUCCUGGGUGAUGUCAUGCAGCAGACUGCUGUUGGUGCUGAUGCUGCUGAGCUGCAGAUCUUCAGUCUGAACAGAGAGACCGAGCAUCACUGCAGGGUGAGUACAAACUCUCAUCUACACUCAUAUUUAUCUCUAUUUCUGUGUUUCUGAGCUUGUUUGUUGUUUAUGUUGAAGUUUCCUGCAGCUCAGAAACCUGCAGCUUCAUUCAGACAGAAAUCUGAAACACAAAACCAGCCUCUCCUCCUCUCCUCCUCCUCUGUGUGUUUUCUCUCCUCUCUAUCUUUUCAUUUUCUGCACUUUCUUUCUCUCCUCCAUCCUGUUUUUCUUCUUCUUUCUGUCUGAGCUGCUUCGUCUCCUCAAUCUUUGACUUCCUCUUCUUCAACGUUAGUUUAGUUUUGGAGCUGCGUGCUCCACUCGCUCAUCUCUGCAGAAGGUGAUGCGCUUUACUGGCAACAAUGACAUCAUUGCUUUGUCCGUGCACACACACACACACACACACAUGCACACUCACGCACACAAAGACGCACAUGCACACUGCUCUACAUUUGUGUUUGCACGGAUCUGUAGAUUGGAAAUAAUUUGAAUAUUUGUCAUAAUUUUGAUCAGAAAUUUGUUUUUUUUUUAACGGAAAAGCUUUUGUUGUGCAGUAAACUUAAAGGUUGCUUCUUUAUUUUGUGCAGAUGUUUCCCUCCUUGAGUAGUUUUGCAUUUUGAGGAAACUUUGAGGUGAAAUCUGCGGCUGUUGGAAUCCCUCUGGGUUCAGUUUGAGUGUUUAUUUUUUUGUGCAUAAGCAGGAUGAUGUGAUCGUAACAGGACGAUAAUUCACGAGUUCAAACUCCUGCAGCCUGUUUACGUGUUUCUGUGUUUGUGGCUCAUUUUAUUUUCACACUUUGCAUUAAUUAUCCUCACCUCCAGAGGUCACACCUGCAGAAACACGAACAGCUAUUACUCGUGUUUGUAACGAUGACUCGACUCAGAAAUGACGUAAUUUCAAUCAGGACCAAACAAACUUCAACUCCUGUGCAAAAUACGAUUAGAGAAAAAUACCAGUACUUAAGAGUUCUGGGAAAGUGAGAAGUGGUGCAAAACAAGCUAAAACUGCAGCAGGUGCAGGACUGCAGCUCCUUUUAUUGACUUUCUCCAGGUUUCGGAGCAGACGCUGACUCCACUUUACUGACUUUGUUUGUUGUUGUUUAGACUGACGAGCAAACUGAGCAAACUAAACAUAAACUGAGAUCUCUCUAAGUGUCAUUCACACUUGUAUUUUCUUGCAUUUCUGCUGUUGUGUGAAUUAUACACCAUUUAAAGACUCCAUAUUGUACAAAAUUAAGAGUCAGACACAUUUACAGUCUGGUUCUUGUUCAGUUUUUGUGUGAAGCCAUUAAAACGUUCGAUCUUUUCUCCACAAACAUCUUUCUUUGCUUUCCCGGUGAUUAAAUGUGAGUUGUUGUUUUUCUUUUCUGUCUCUCCUCAGGAACAGACUCUACCUCACCACAGUGUCUUUGUCAGAAAACAGCAGCAGCAGCAGGAUGACUCUGGCAGGUAAAACUUCACUCUUUAUUUUUACUUUAAUCUCGUGUCGAGGGUUUUAUCUCUGCUGCAGUUCUUCAUGCUGCCCCUUCUGAAUGUUCUAGCAUACAGAGAGAAGAUGAGAGAGCUCCCCCUGGUGUCUCUCUUCUGCUCCUGCAUCCUUCCUAAACUCAGAGAGACUGCGGAGGACAAGAAGGAAGGUCAGCACAGCUCUUCUUUUUCUAUUCUGGGAACGGGAAACUAAACCUGAACAGAUCUCAGACAGGACUUAAGAUAAUUUACUCUCAUAAAAGCAACGAUGAAAGAGUCUUUGGGCACAAAUCAAACUCCUGCUUUUAAGUAAAAACUUCUCUAAAAGAAGUUAAAACAAAGUACUUCACACUUCAGAUACAGUAUUUUAGUAAAUCUAGAUAAAAAUACACUUAUCAUUAAUGACAUAAAUGUUCAUUAAAAGUCAAAGUUCAUCUAAAUUACUUUAAUAAUUCAUCAGGGACAUAAAAACUCUUUUAGUCCCACAGAGUUUUAAUCCGAUCUUUCCAGGUUUUCACAGUUUCUUCUUCUUCUUCUUCUUCUUCUUCUUGCAGGUGUGGUGGACUUGAAUCUGUGCAACAUCCGGGACAUGGAGGUGAUCGAGCUGAGCAAGCGUUCUAGCGGCCAGGCCUUCGAGGUCAUCCUGAAGCCGCCAACUUUUGACGGCGGUCCCGAGUUGAGGGCGACCACACCGCCUCGUGGGAAACCCUCGCUGGAAGAGAUCCAGAAGAAACUCGACGCAGCGCAGGAAAGGAGAAAGGUGAGCGAGCGAUUGAGAGAGUCUACACGCGGACUCACUCGUCUAUAUGCUAAUGAAAGACAUAAAAUACACCUUUACGGUCUUAGUUUUGUGUGUUGGCGUGAUCGUUUUUAUCGGUACUUUGCACAAAAGUUGGAGCUGCUGGAAAUGUCAGAGGUUCUGCAGGGAUUAGGUCGUAAACUGAAGUAAAGGACACACUGAAAUGUCAACUUGAGGACUGCACUUUAGGGAAGUAAAUGCAUCAUUUAAAUCUGUAAAUGUAGACUUCUGUUGUCCAGGAACAUUUGUACAAAGUUUUAUGGUAAUCCGCUUAAAAGAUGCUGAGAUAUUUGAGUCGAAGGAAAAACAGAAGUGGCUCCAAAGUCGAACCCUGAGGAACUCCAAAGGCUUUUUACAAAGUCAGGAGUUUAUUAUCUACAGUUAUUAUCUGUUUUGGACUGAACUACAACAAAUAUUUGAUCAUUUAAAUGAACAGAAAUUAGAAAACCAUCAACAGAGUCUGUGAAACCAGAUCUAAAAUAAAUGAAAACUCUGAUCUAACUGACUGUAAAUCCCCCCUCUGACUCCCUCUAGUGUCAGGAGGCGGAGCUGCUGAAGCACCUGGCCGAGAGGCGAGAGCACGAGCGUGAAGUCGCCCAGAAAGCUCUGACCAAAGAGCGUCAGGAGCAUCGCGCCGACGCCGACAAGGAGCUGAGGCAGAUGCACCUGAACGCAUCACAGGAGAAGCUGCAGGAAGAGGUGAGGACAAAUCUUUAACGAGGUUUUUUAUUAACGAUGAAUAUACAAUCAGACUUACGGAGAUUCUGUUUCCUAAAUACAAGUUUUCUGCUGUUUGUGUCUUUCAGGACAAGCACAGUGUGGAGGUGAGGACCAGCUGGAGGAGGAGGAGGGGAUUCUGGGUAGAACAAACAUACAGAGACAGUGACAACAAAGCAGAAAUCAGUCAGUUAAAUAAGAAGGUGGAGUUUGAGUCUAAGCUUGAAACUGAGGAAGACGAUUUUUUUUACUUUUGCAGAUAAAAAAGUCAAGAAUAAUUCAGACGACCCUUUGUGGAUGUGCAUAUUGUAUUUUCAGUGUUAAUUUUUUAAUUAAUGUUAAGAUAUUUGGGUUUGGGUCAGGAUCAACAAAAACAGUAGUGGUCCUAAAAUCGAACCCUGGGGGACUCCAGAGUGGCCUUACCCCAGACGAAUCUACAGCCGAGGGCAUUACGUCUACAGCAUCCUGUGAUUAGAGACAUAUUCUAAUUUUAGUUUUUUUAUAAAUGAAAACGUCUUUAAUUCAGUUAUUGAUUCAGAAAAAAUAUUGUCAGAAAAUAGAAAAAAAUUUAGAAAAUCAUCAAUAGAAUCAAUGAAACCAGAACCAAACCACAUAGAUAUGAACUCUGUGGGAUCAAAAUAAUCAAAUGUGGUGAAUUUAGGCCAUUAAAACUGUGAUCUUGGAUCAUACUGCAUAAAAUAUGUAGUUUUUAAAGAAAUACAUUGAAUUUAAAGAUCAGCUGUUGAAGAGGUUGUCCAGCAGGUGGUGCCAUUUACCACUUUUAGCCCCUGAACUUAAUAGAGACACUUUUAGGCUGUUGAAGGCCAAACUCUGGUUAACCAGCAAAAGUUAUUCAGUAUUAAUUCAUAUAUUCGCAUUUAUAAACAGGACUCAAGUUGGUGAAAGUAUUUAAGGUUGUGAACAGAGUUGAGAUUUGAUCAUUUUAUUUUAAGAGGGACUUUUCAAAAGAGUUAAACGCACAAACUUACAUAUCUCAUUUUAGUCUAACUUUGCUCUCAAUAUGUGAAAAAAAAUCCCUUCUUAUUUCUCUCCAAAAUGUCUGGGUGAAGUGCUGACUCCGCCCCUUCUCCUCUCCCCUCAGGUGUCUUGAUGGCCUGAUCACAACACAAGCUGAACUUAAUUUGGAAGCCAUUUUGGAGGGCAGAUGAUCGCCGUAAACCAGGCGCUGCCCUGAUUUGGAGUUUUGACGUGAAGAGACUCAAAAAGAAGCGAGAGAAGAAAAGAAAGAGGAGGACUGAGGAAAAACGUGUGACUGCCCGUCCUCCUCUGUAAAACCAGGACUCUUCUUUACGAGAUAAAAACUUUACCACGAGGGAAAAACUUCGGGACACCGGGAAGACGCUGCAGAUGCAGUUAUUUAAAAGAUGGACCGCAGAGGUUUAACUGUGCUUUGUUGCCAUGCCAACAGUGCCAUUGUGUUCAUGUAUGAGUGAUUAUGUAAGAAUUCAACAUCUUCACAUGUCUGAAAAGCUGUACCAAACCUUACCGAAGAGGACCAGAUCCAAACCCAAAGGAACCGUCACGAUAAAGGGACUACAUCUAAUAAAAAACCUGCACUGCUUCCAAGUCAAGUGAUCCCUGGACUGAAUGGCGCCAUCUGAAGGACGGUUUAGAUCAUGGCAUCGAGAGCAGAACAGAAGCUGUGAGAAAGCAUGACAAGAAAAGCGGCUGUGCUUCGUUCUCACAGAGCUUUAGUCGGAGAAAUCCUGAGCUGCUUCGAGGAAAGCCGAGCCCUCCCACAGACCAAGACGAAGAGAACAGGGGCGAUACCAACAGAAACAUACUGAGAUGUGAGAUUGUCAUAUUCAGAACAUGAUUCUGAGUUUGAGAAAAGCAGUAGGACUUGAAAAAGGUUUGGUUAAAAACACCCACCAAAGACAGAACCUACGCCGAGAUAAACCAGGUCUCACCACCCGAAACCACUCAGACUGAAAACACACAAACCUGAAACCGAGUAAGAUCUCUGAAAAGUGUUAACCCCGGAACUGUUAUGCAAAACUUUCAUAAUAAGGCGACCAAAACCAUCCAGCGAAACAGGACAGAUUCAGGUCGAAAAGCUGACUAGGACAAGGUCAAAGUCAGAGGACUGAGGAGAGUCGGUCAAAUCGACUCGAAAAUAGCACCAGAAUUAGGACAUGUUCAUCUUUACAUGUCGGCAUGGAGUCGAGUCAUGGCGUGGAAAAAGAAAACAAAGGAGGAAACUGCUAAACUGUGUCAAACUGGUUUAAGAAAAAGUACAAAGACCAGUUAUAGAAAAAAACACAACACCGACAAGAGAUGAAGCCAAGGAGGGAAAAUCCUUAAAGCUGACUUGUGCUUUCAUAACCUGCAAAUUCUGGUUAACGAAACCUUCUUAAAAGAGACCAUUCAGAGUAAAACUGGACCAGAUUUAGACGAAACAUAAAAAUAGACCCGGAGAAAUAAAAAAAUCCCAUAAGACUAAACAAAAUCACCAUGAAUCACCUCUGAAUAUUCCUGAGACUGACUCUCACUUCAGCUGCAUGUUUGUUUCCUUUCUGUGCGAAAUGAAUACGAGGAAAAAAGGCGCAAAGAAAUUGUCCCGCUGCUUCACGGCUGACUCACGUUAGCAGGAAUCGUGUCCCAUAAACAUCAUUAUCGAUGAAUAACUGAUAAUCGACUGUGUACAUUGUUUACAGCUGUGUGUGAGUGUUUGUGUGUGCGUGUCAGUCUGUUUCCCUGGCAACGUCAAUGUAAAGGAGUCAGGGUGAUGAUGAAGACGACGACGAUGAUGAUGAUGUACAGAAAUAGCGUUAUAUUUUAAAUCUGAGAAUAAAACAAUGACACUUUACUUCAUUUUUUUGUCUUUUUUUAUUGAUUCACACUCUGAGUUUAAAACAUCCUUCAAUAAAUAAUGUCC